AUGUUCCGCAUCCGCCGUGUUUCCCGAUUUCAACAUAUCGCUCGCGCCUACGCUUCCAUUGCUUCAAACCCAAGGAAUGCUGUCACUCUAGUCGAAGUCGGUCCGCGAGACGGCCUGCAAAAUGAAAAGAGUGGUGUCAUCCCGACACAGGUGAAGGCCGAGCUCAUAACACGUCUCGCAAACGCAGGAGUGCAGAUCAUUGAAGCUGGGAGCUUUGUCAGUCCGAAAUGGGUCCCACAGAUGGCUGGCACCGACAAUGUCCUGACUUCGUUACCCACUCUCCCUCCUCACACUCGUCUCCCGGUCCUUGUCCCGAAUCAAAAAGGCCUUGACUCCGUACUCUCUCUACUCGAGACACAUCCACAUCUCGCAUCGUCCCUCGAAGUCAGUGUAUUCACCGCCGCGACCGACGCGUUCACAAAAGCAAACCUCAACUGCACCAUCGCCGAAUCUCUUCGGAAGAUUGAACCAGUGGUUCGAAGCGCAACAGACAAUGGACUGCGGACCAGGGGAUAUGUCAGCGUCGUCGUUGCCUGUCCUUACACCGGCAAUGUCGAAUUCAAAGCGGUGCGGGAGGUUAGCCAGAAGUUGGUUGACAUGGGCUGCUAUGAGGUCAGUCUCGGGGAUACAGUAGGGAUGGGAACUCCUUACCAGGUUGGGGAGAUGCUCGAGGAGGUGAAGAAGAGCGUUCCGGUGGAGAAGCUUGCAGGCCAUUUCCACGACACAUAUGGCACCGCGAUUGCUAAUGUUCUCACUGCGCUCGACCAUGGCAUACGUACAAUUGACGCAUCCGUCGCUGGUCUUGGUGGUUGCCCGUACUCGCCUGGAGCAACAGGGAAUGUCUCGACCGAAGAUGUGUUAUAUGCUCUCCAAAAUUCGCCAUAUUACGUUAUGGGCACGAAGGAUGGAGGGAUUGACCUCUCUCUCUUGGUGGAUGUUGGGUCGUGGAUCAGCAACCUCCUAGGCAGGCAAGUCGCUAGCAGGGCUGGGAAAGCGCUCCAGGCGAGGAAGGAAUGGGAGAACAAACAAAGGACAAAGCUCUAA